UCGUCUCUGCUUCUUAACAGACAGCAGCAUCAUCAUCGUCAUCAUCAUCAUCAGCAACGGUGUCUGCGGCGGCGGCGCUGUCUUCGGCGAGGGCGUGCCCGGACAAACCGGCCCCCCCCGCCCCCCCCCAGGCUCCGCCCCCAGAGCCGUUUGAAUACUACGACGCUGGAAAUCACUGGUGCAAAAACUGCAACGUCACCUCGGGGUCCAUGUUUGAUUUCUUCACGCACUUACACAGCAAGACGCACCGGAAGACUCUGGACCCGUACGAGCGGCCCUGGGCUUCCUCGCCGUCUAAAGCCGCCAAGAGCCUACUGUCGGAGGAGAGGCUCACCAAACCCGCCAAAGGUACUCGCUCAGUCCCCCUGCAGCCGUCCCAUCAGAGGUGGAGGGUCCUGGACUACAACGUCCUGGGCUAUAAAGUCCUGGACUACAAAGUCCUGGGCUAUAAAGUCCAUGGGCACAAUCUCUAG